AUGUCUGCCGAACUUACCUUGGACUCGAGACUGCCCCUUCCAUCAAGUGAGGUUCAGAUUCCCGUCCUUGGUCUUGGAGUCUGUGUGUCUUCAAGAUGUGAACAAUCCGUUCUGUCUGCACUCGAGAAGGGAUAUCGCAGUGUCGAUACUGCACAGAUUUACUACAAUGAGCGCGAGACUGGCAAUGCAGUCAACAAAUUUGUGUCCCAAAACCCUUCAGUCAAGCGUUCGGACAUCUUUGUUUGCUCGAAGCUGUGGGAGCUAGACCUUUCAAGACCCGACAUGCCAACCUCCUUCGACGAGCUGUGCAAUGCUGGACCAUGGCCAUUGAACAGUCUCGAAGCCGGCCACACCACAUACUCCANNAAGGAGGCAGCACUUGAGGGUAUCAACAAAAGUCUGAAAACUUCUGGUCUCGACUACCUCGACCUCUACCUCCUUCACAACCCUCGCCCUGGUGCUGAAGCACGCCAUCAAGCCUGGCUCGGGCUCCAAGAGGCACUCAAAUCUGGCAAGGCCAAGGCCAUUGGUGUCAGCAACUGGUCUCCCAAACACAUUGACAGUCUUAUGGCACACUCUGAUGUCAACAUCCUGCCCGCUGUGAACCAGAUCGAAUUCCAUCCCUGGAACCAACAGCGCGUGAUUGUGGACUACUGCCGCUCAAAGGGCAUCGUGGUGACAGCGUACUCGCCCUUGACCCAAGGAAAGCGCCUUGGUGAUCCUGUUGUCAAGAAGAUUGCUGAAAAGCAUGGCAAGACUGCUGCUCAGGUCGUUUUGCGCUGGUGUCUGCAGAUGGGCAUCUCCAUCAUUCCCAAGAGUGAUCGUGAUGCUCGCAUUGCUGAGAACUCGGAUGUCUUUGGCUGGUCACUUGAUAAUGAGGACAUGUCUGAGAUUGAGAAGUUGGACGAGGGACAGAAGGGCAAUAUUGGAGAGUGGGAUCCAUUCGCCUACGAAUGA